GGAGAGCAGCCUUUACCUUGAAAGCUGCACAGAACAUAUAAGCAUUGGGCAAACGCGAGCAGACUCCCGAGGACCUCCGACCAUUUAUCAUGGAUGUGCACGAAGAAGGUGCCUCUGAUCUAGCCCAGAACCUCAUCUCCCUGGCUGUAGAAGACAUUCGCGAUGGCCCGGAGUCUGCAAGGAUGCAGAGAAUUUUAGCUGAACCGAAGCUCGAGUUUGCUCUCGCAUGCAAGGAUCUCCUGACUGCCACCCGUGAACGAACUCUGAACACAUUUGUGCAGGUCUCAGUAGCACAUCCAGCAGAGCAAAGUUUGAUCAGAUAUGCUAACACCGAAGUAGUCGAGGGAACAAGAGACCCAGUGUUUCUAACCGGCGUGACGUUUCCUUCGGAGUAUCCCAUCUACGAGGAAACUAAAAUAAAGCUAACGGUGUAUGAUGUCAAGGAGAGACCUCAAGAAACCGUCGUUCCAGAAGCCAAUGAGCCAAGAACAAACAUUGAGAAAAGUCUCCUGGGCUGCAGUACCUUUAAAGUAAGAGAUCUGGUAAAAUCAAAGGAGCAACAGCUGUCUCUUAAUCUCAAAACCUUAAAUGGUGGAAAGAAAAUCGGUAAUAUCGAAGUCAAUUUGUUGAAGAUGGGGGAGAUACAGAAUGGGGAAGCAGCAGAUCACAUUACAACAGAUGCACAAGGACAAAAGUGUUCUUUGGUUUGUGAAUGCUCGGCACCAGAGGCAGUUAGCGGAAGUGACAAUUUACCUCUACUAAACACAGUGCUAAAGAAUCCCAUCUAUAAGUUUUACAGAUUCCCGUCAGCUGAUAACAAGUGGAUAUGUGUCCGAGAGCAGAUGUCGGAGAGCUGCAUGUCUUUUCAUAUCCCGAAACAACUUCUUACCCUUUACUUAAAAGAAGACACCCAAAGAAUCGAAGAACUUAAAGAGUUGGGUGAGCUAUCACCACACUGGGAUAAACUGCGUCAAAGCGUUAUCACUCAUUACGAGGAGAUGGUUUGUGUCUACCAGGAAAACCUUACAGAGUUGGAGAAAUAUACAGGGUCUUCUUUCAAAUCCAGCUGUAGUAAAGGAGAAAAGAGUCUAGAAUUUGUUCCAAUUAAUCUACAUUUGCAAAGAAUGCGUGUUCACAGCCCAAAGUUAAAAGAUGCCCUGUAUGAUGUCAUUACCAUUGGAGCCCCCGCAGCACAUUCUCAGGGAUUUAAGAAUGGUGGUCUCAGAAGACUGCUUAGUAGGUUCGAGACAGAAAAGAGAAAUACUGGGUACCAAUGUAUUUACUAUUCACCAGAGAAAACAGCCAAGGCAAAAGAAAUUCUUAGUAGCAUUCAUCAUCUCCAACCUCUUAUAACAAGCCAUACAGACCUCCUGCUUAAUUCAGCAAGACAGCACUCUGUGGACAGCCUGAAGAGUUCUUUAAAGGCGCUCUCGGAAACGACAGAGUUAUUUGUUCAUUCAUUUAAGGACCAACUUGUAAGCAAUGCUCUUUUGGCUUUAUACACAGCCCGGCCAGGCUGUGCUAAUAAAAAGCUUACAGACCCUCAAAGUGACACAGGUGGAAGUGAUUCAGAUGGCCCAGAGUACGCACAGCCAAUAACGCGGCAGGAUUCCAUACCCCACCACUCCGAAUACGACGAGGAGGAAUGGGAUAGGGUGUGGGCCAAUGUAGGAAAGAGUUUACAUUGUAUUAUUGCCAUGACGGACAGGCUACUUGAACAAAGCAACAGCACAAAUGAAAACAGACUGGAUGGCUCCGCUGCAGACCUCAUCACGUCACACAUAAAUGAAGACUGGCACGAACAACUUUAUCCUCUGGUAAUCACGCUGAAAGAGUGCGUGGAAGAAGUGGUGGACAGGGCGCAGAAGUCAAUGACGUUUGUCGUAUUCCAAGAGUUGGCGUGCGGCUUGCCGCUGUGCUUACAGCUCACCUUUCGAAGAGACGUGGUUUUCAGCCAAGCACUUUCUGGACUAGUCUGUGGGUUUCUAAUCAAGAUACAUUCAAGUUUACACAAUCACAGCUUUCUACAGCAGCUGCACACUGUAGGAUUGCUUGUGCAAUACGAAGGUCUUCUGAGCACAUACAGUGAGGAGAUUGGCAUGCUUGAAGAUAUGGCCGUUGGUAUUUCAGAUUUAAAGCACGUAUUAUUUAAGAUAACAGAAGCCAAAUCAGAUGACUUCCUGCCAGUUGUUACUGGAAGACGCGGGUGCUUUGUGGUAGAGAUCAAACUUCCCACAAAAAUGUUUGAGCUGCUACCUCAAGGAAUUAAAGAUGGCAAAAUGCUGUCGGUCUACCCGGUGUUUUUUAAUGUCGGCAUUAACGAACAGCAAACAAUUGCCGAAAGAUUUGGCGAUACCUCUUUACAAGAAAGUAUUAACCAAGAGAACGUGGAACACUUGAAAGAAUAUUAUAGGCUUUGUACAGAAAAAAGCACUCCAGACUGCCUCCAGUUAUUCCAGGAACAAAGUGACUUGAAAGAACUUCUUGAAAACCUUCACCAAAACACACAAGCCAAAAAGAGGAAAAACGUUGAGAUCAUGUCAUUGGCAGCUACUAUUUGCCGCAAAAUGAACGGCGUUCGAUUCACAUGCUGUAAAAGUGCCAAAGACAGGACCUCUAUGUCGGUAACAUUGGAACAAUGCUCAAUCUUAAGAGAUGAACAUGACCUACACAAAGACUACUUCAUCCGGGCACUUGACUGUAUGAGAAGAGAAGGAUGUCGCAUAGAGAAUGUGCAGAAGAAUAUCAAUUGCAGGAAAUAUGCAUUCAACGUGAUACAGCUGCUGACUUUCCCAAAGUACUACAGACCGCCAGAUGGGACCUAUGGAAAAGUUCACAAUUGAUUAUAGGGAAUGUUCUAACACAAAUCUGCACGUUGUCACAUAUCACGGACUGUACUUCACAGUCUGGAGUACAUAUAACAAGGCAUUCACAAGCAAUGGAUGGUUUUUAGAGGCACAUGUGGGAGCAUAGAUUUACUGUUGCUGUUUGUAAUAUAGGAGAUUUAUUCGAGAUUAGUGUAAAGGUUGCAAUUGGGCAGGGGUGCUGAACUCGACCUUGAGUGCCACACAAAUCGAUACCAAAGACAGGUGAUUCUGUCGAUUCCAGUGAGCUAAACAGUUGUAGGUGUUCAAGCUGCUCAUUCUUUAUGCAACCAUCAAUGCUGGGGGAUUUUUUUGUGGAAUCACAAUCCCAUGUAAUAUAAAAGGUCACAGGGGCAUACACUGGCCAAGUGUUAAAGCUAUCUAUGUCCUAGCUGGUUUAUCAACUGCUGUUGAAAUUAUUUAUUU